AUGCGCCUUCGUGGUCUAUACUAUGAAUGUGAUCCCACGAACUUCCAAGGAACUGCAUCUCAGAAGGCCUUGGUACUUGGCGGAGAAGCAGCAAUGUGGGGAGAGUUUGUAGAUGCCACAAAUCUCAUACCACGACUCUGGCCUCGCGCGUCGGCUGUGGCGGAGCGCCUUUGGUCGGAUCCCAGUGCCACCUUCUCUGCUGACGCAGCUUGGCCCCGUCUUCAUGAAUUUCGUUGUCGAAUGAUGAAUCGUGGAUUUCCAGUUGAGCCUCCAAACAAUCCUGACUACUGCCCCUUCGAAUGGGAACCAAAUUAUACCGAACUGUAG